GACACAUUUUACUCACACACGCCACAGAAACGUUUAUUGGUCGUCGAUCAGCUGUUCAUAAUAUUCUCACAGAGCUGGUAACAUUAAGUCAUUUCAGAUUAAUUAACAAUAAUUAUCACCUGUCUUUUUUAAAACAAAUCUUUACCGUUAGUUAUCUUCCGCUGCCCGCGCGCGGCGGCAGUUUCUCUGUGAGAUGUCUCGUGCGGGUUCGAGCUGCCCGGGCUGCGGUUCUGCGAACAUCGAGCGGGACGACCUGUACGCGCAGACCCAGCUGGUGUGCGUGGACUGCGGCUAUGUGGUGGCCGAGGGCUCGCUGAACCAUGAGCCAGGCGGAGGUUCAGGUACUUCAGAUGUCAGCUACCGUCGCACCACAUCUGCAGCCAAAAAACCUUGUGUGAACCUGAGAAAAGGUCUGCAGCGCGUGACAGCCAUUUGUCGAAUUCUCAGGGUCACUAGAGAGGUCGAGGACCUCUCACAGACUUAUUACACCCGGGCUUAUCAGCAUGAAAAUUUCCUCAACGUGAGCCUUGAAAAGAAAGAAGUUCUCGCUGCUUGCUCCGUACUCGUAAGCUGCAGACUGCAUGAUUGGCCCAUCACCUUGACAACCAUCAGCUGCCUGCUGGAUGCUGACCCGGCGGCGGUGGGAGCGGUUUUUAAAGAGAUGGUCAGCGUUCUUAACAUCAGUGUUCCCGUCUUCAGCAUCACUGAUGUAAUCGAAGCGCACAGUCAGGAGUAUAAAAUUAGUUCUCAACAUGUUCCCGAAGAACUGGCUGAGGACUACAGGGCCUUGACCAAGCGUGCCGUGGCCUUGGUGGAGCUGGCAGCAGAUGCCUGGAUUGUGUCUGGCCGGAAGCACAUCCCCAUCAUGAUGGCAGCGAUCUAUUUGGCCUGGCAGUCCCUGAAGCCCAUCAAGCAACGCCUGAAAUUUACCCUAGAUAAAUUCUGUCAGAUUGCCAAAGUGAAUAAGCAAAGGCCUGCUUUGACUAGAAUAAUCGAGAUGAAGGAGAUGCUGUGUAAACUGGGUAAGGAGAUCCCCUGGGUCACAGAAGCAGUGAAUCCAAGUAAUGUUGUUCAGCUGAUGGAAGAUAUACUAAAGCACAGGUACGCCCUGCUAAGGAGGGCUAUGAGAACCCAAAAGGCUCUGCUGGAGGAGGAACAGGACAGCGGUGACGACUCUGUAACUGAGGAGACUGCCCCUGUGAAAAUCCCUGAGCUUACAGAGCACACUCAAAGUACAUCUUCUGGGCAACAGUGUGAACAGAAUACCGAAAGGGCCAAUGUACUAGGCACAGUACCUGAGCUGCACAGUAAUACUCAGGAGAACCAGGAUCCUGCACCAAACUGGGGCAAGAGACUGCUGUUUGCUCCCCCGUGUGUGAUUCAUGCCAAGAUAAGGAGAGUGGAGCGAACUGAACUCAAGGAUGUGACCGGUGAUGAGGAAAUAUCUGACAGUGAAAUUGACUCAUACAUCCGUACUCCUCGGGAAGCUCGAGAAUUUGCUCUGGCACAGAAGACACUGUCCUCGUCUGAGAAGUAAGAAGUCAUGACAAGAUAUUUAUAGAGACCAGUGUUUACUUCUUAGGUUACUGGAUAUGUAAGCUUAAUUACAGUCCUGUUCUAAUGGUACUGGUAUUUUUGGUUCUCGACUUAGUGUUCAUUUUGCUGCUUAUGUUUUGUUGACUUGCAAAUAAAGCUUUUGUUUGAAAGGAUAAAAAAUCUUAAGUUAUUGGACACAGAUGAGUAUAUGUGAGAAA